CGCACUCGUACCCGGAGCCGUCCUGGGAGCCGUCGACAUUCUCCCUAAGAGAGACGGGUCUCUUCUCGAACGCGUCGUCGUCACGCAUGACAGCCACUUGGUGAGCCAUGUUGGGGCGCGUAGGGUAGACGUCGACCUCGAGGGCAGUAGGAGGUGAAGGUGGGUAGUCCGGGUAGGAGCAUGGUAGGCGCACACGAUAGACGCGUUAUAUGUCAAAAAGCACCUGCCGUUUGCCUCCCCGCCUGCCCGCUGCCAAGUGAAGUGGGCGUGUUGGGAACGCAUCCCGCAGGCAAAGUACCGAGGCUCGGGGUUUCACCACUCAUUCGUCCAGCGUGUGGAUACUCUUCGAGUACAGCACGAUGCCAUCAGCAGCAAAGCAGGCCACCCGCGGGAAGGAGCGAAAAAGCGAGGGCGAUGAAAGCUGGGGAGAGGCUUGGCGUGUGGAGACCCCGCAUGCUAGCGAAACCCGCCGUGGCUUCCGGAUCCACUAACACGCCGAAUGACCUACGAGUGAAGCCUUCUCGUGAGCCGGCCGCCUGUUCUUAUCGUCCGCCAUGGCGAAGCUACUUCGAGGAACGAGAGCUGAAGAUUCGGCAAGGCCCGACUGGCGUGCUUUUCUUUGUUCGACCUCACGUUGUGCGACCCAUCUGUCAAGCGAUCGGCGUCGCCACGUUUCCACGACACGCGCGGGGUAACCGGGCACGUUCCUGACGCUGGAGGAACUCCACAUGGACACAUUUCACCUUUCAGACUUGUCCCAGGUGGGGGACUGCUCCGACCUGCUUUGCGGCGCGUGUGGUUUCAAG